UGCGACAAUCUCCCUCCACAAUCACUUCAUCCAUCAAGCGGAGACUGGGAGAUUAUCGACGUCUCAUCACGAUGUCCUCAAUACCUCCUCCCCCUCCACCUGGAUGGAGCUCCGGGCCUCCUUCGAUGGGCGCGCCUCCUGGAGCUCCUCCACCACCUGGAUAUAGGCCUCCAGCGGACCCUCAGGUGGCCAAAUUCGCACAGAAGAAGAAGGAAUGGUUACGAUCACAACGAAAUCGAUUCGGCGAGAAGAGGAAGGGCGGCUUCGUUGAAACGCAGAAGGCUGAUAUGCCACCGGAGCAUCUUCGAAAGAUCGUGAAAGAUAUCGGAGAUGUUUCUCAGAAAAAGUUCAGCAGCGACAAGCGCAGUUAUCUUGGAGCCCUGAAAUACAUGCCUCACGCCGUUAUGAAGCUAUUGGAGAAUAUGCCGAUGCCCUGGGAGUCAGCGAGGGAGGUCAAGGUUCUAUAUCACGUUAAUGGCUGUCUGACGUUAGUCAACGAAACACCGAGAGUCAUUGAGCCGGUCUUCCACGCACAAUGGGCUACGAUGUGGAUGUGUAUGAGGAGAGAGAAGAGCGACCGAAGACAUUUCAAGAGAAUGCGAUUCCCACCCUUCGAUGACGAAGAGCCACCUCUUUCCUGGUCCGAGAACAUUGAAGAUGUUGAGCCUUUGGAACCGAUUCAGAUGGAACUUGACGAAAACGAAGAUGGAGCUGUUUUCGAGUGGCUCUACGAGAAUCGGCCUCUUCUUGAUACUCCACAUGUGAAUGGUCCAAGUUACAAGGAAUGGAACCUCACACUUCCUCAGAUGGCAACUUUAUAUCGACUGAGUCACCAGCUUCUGAGUGAUCUUGUUGAUAAGAACUACUUUCACAUGUUUGAGCUGAACAGCUUCUUGACAGCGAAGGCGUUGAAUGUUGCUAUCCCUGGAGGACCAAGAUUCGAACCACUGUACAAAGACGUUGAUCCCAACGACGAAGACUUUGGCGAAUUCAAUGCCAUCGAUCGUAUCAUUUUCCGCGCACCCAUCCGUACAGAAUACCGGGUAGCGUUUCCUUUCUUGUACAAUUCUUUGCCACGCAGCGUGAAGCUGUCUUGGUAUUCACAUCCUCAAAUUGUGUAUGUUCGCGCUGAGGAUCCGAGUUUACCAGCUUUCUAUUUCGACCCUGUCAUUAAUCCCAUUUCAUCGAGAUCUGUUGCACCGAAGAACAUAACUGUCAGCCACGAGGACGAGAUUUUCGGCCCAGGAAACAACGAAGAGCCAGAGGAGAAUGCUUUCGAACUCCCUGAAGAUGUCGAACCGUUUCUGGCCGACGAAGAGUUGUACACAGACGAGACUGCUUCUGCAAUUGCGCUAUGGUGGGCUCCUUUCCCAUUUGACCGACGUUCGGGACGCAUGGUCCGAGCACAAGACGUGCCCCUCGUAAAACAGUGGUAUCUUGAGCAUUGCCCACAAGGCCAGCCAGUGAAGGUACGAGUAUCGUAUCAAAAGCUACUGAAGACUUAUGUCUUGAAUGAGCUCCACAAAAAGAAGCCAAAGGCGCAAAACAAGCAAAGUCUGAUGAAGUCGCUGAAACAAACCAAAUUCUUUCAGCAGACCACGAUCGAUUGGGUUGAAGCUGGUCUUCAAGUUUGUCGCCAGGGUUUCAACAUGCUCAACCUCUUGAUCCAUCGAAAGAACUUGACCUACCUCCAUCUCGAUUACAACUUCAACCUCAAGCCAGUCAAGACACUUACCACCAAAGAGCGAAAGAAGUCUCGCUUUGGAAAUGCCUUCCAUCUCAUGCGUGAGAUUUUGAAGUUAACGAAGUUGAUUGUCGACGCCCAGGUUCAGUACCGACUUGGUAACAUCGAUGCAUUCCAGCUCGCAGAUGGUAUCUUGUAUGCCUUUAAUCAUGUUGGCCAGCUGACUGGGAUGUAUCGAUACAAGUACAAGCUCAUGCAUCAGAUUCGAUCGUGUAAGGAUCUGAAGCAUUUAAUCUAUUAUCGGUUCAAUUCGGGCCCUGUCGGCAAAGGCCCCGGAUGUGGUUUCUGGGCUCCUGCUUGGAGAGUCUGGCUCUUCUUCAUGCGAGGGAUCAUUCCCUUGCUUGAGCGAUGGCUUGGAAACUUGCUUUCCCGACAAUUUGAAGGUAGACACAGUAAAGGUGUCGCCAAAACUGUAACGAAGCAGCGUGUGGAGUCACAUUUCGACCUUGAGCUCCGCGCCUCAGUCAUGGCUGACUUGAUGGACAUGAUGCCCGAGGGAAUUAAGCAAAACAAAGUCAAUACUGUCUUACAGCAUCUCUCCGAAGCAUGGCGAUGCUGGAAGAGUAACAUUCCUUGGAAGGUCCCUGGUUUGCCAGCCCCUAUCGAGAAUAUCAUCUUGCGUUAUGUGAAGAGCAAAGCAGAUUGGUGGAUUUCUGUGGCCCAUUACAACAGAGAACGUAUUCGCAGAGGUGCUACCGUUGAUAAGACAGUCGCGAAGAAGAACCUAGGGCGCCUCACUCGACUAUGGCUCAAGGCUGAGCAAGAACGCCAACACAAUUACAUGAAGGACGGGCCUUAUGUAUCGUCUGAAGAGGCUGUCGCAAUUUACACCACUACCGUUCAUUGGCUCGAAUCACGAAAAUUCUCCCCCAUUCCUUUCCCCAGCGUCUCUUACAAGCACGACACCAAGAUUCUUAUUCUGGCCCUAGAGCGAUUGCGAGAAGCUUAUUCCGUCAAAGGCCGCCUGAACCAAAGCCAACGUGAAGAGCUUGCUUUGAUUGAGCAAGCUUACGAUAGUCCCGGAACCACACUGGAGAGAAUUAAAAGAUUCCUUCUUACUCAACGAGCAUUCAAGGAAGUUGGUAUCGACAUGAAUGAUAACUACAGUACCAUCAACCCUGUCUACGACAUUGAGCCAAUUGAAAAAAUAAGCGACGCCUAUCUUGAUCAGUACCUUUGGUAUCAAGCAGACCAGCGCCAUUUGUUCCCUGCGUGGAUCAAACCUUCUGAUUCUGAAGUCCCGCCAUUGCUUACUUACAAGUGGGCUCAGGGUAUCAACAACCUUGACAAGGUCUGGGAGAGUGCUGAUGGAGAAUGCAACGUCAUGAUUGAGACCCAGCUUUCCAAGGUGUACGAGAAGAUCGAUCUAACUCUUCUUAAUCGCUUGUUGAGACUUAUCAUGGACCACAAUCUUGCUGAUUAUAUCUCAUCGAAGAACAAUGUUCAGCUCACCUACAAAGAUAUGAAUCACGUAAACAGCUAUGGAAUGAUCCGUGGUCUCCAAUUCUCAGCAUUCGUAUUUCAAUAUUACGGACUUGUCCUUGACCUACUCUUGCUAGGUCUCCAGCGCGCGAGCGAGAUUGCAGGUCCACCUCAAAGCCCGAACGAUUUCCUCCAGUUUCGCGAUCGGGAUACGGAGACCAGGCAUCCAAUUAGAUUGUAUACAAGAUACAUCGAUCGAAUCUGGGUGUUCUUUCGCUUCACAGCUGACGAGUCAAGAGACCUUAUUCAGCGCUUUCUCACUGAGCAGCCAGAUCCCAAUUUCGAGAACGUGAUCGGUUACAGAAACAAGAAGUGUUGGCCCAGAGACUCGCGGAUGCGACUCAUGAGACACGAUGUCAACCUUGGGCGAGCUGUAUUCUGGGACUUGAAGAACAGAUUACCUAGAUCUGUGACUACAAUCGAAUGGGAUGAUACCUUCGCAAGUGUUUACAGCAGAGAUAAUCCCAAUCUCCUGUUCUCCAUGUGUGGCUUUGAGGUCCGAAUUCUUCCCAAGAUUCGUAACCAGAACGACGAAUUCCCGGUCAAAGACAGCGUUUGGUCUCUAGUCGACAAUACAAGUAAGGAGAGGACCGCGCAUGCUUUCCUGCAGGUCACAGAGGAAGACAUUGCUAAAUUUAAUAACCGCAUCCGUCAAAUCCUCAUGUCUUCUGGAUCAACCACUUUCACUAAAAUCGCCAACAAGUGGAAUACCAGCUUGAUUGCUCUUUUCACUUACUAUCGUGAGGCAGCAGUCUCGACUGUCAAUUUGCUUGACACCAUUGUGAAGUGCGAGACGAAGAUUCAGACCAGAGUAAAGAUUGGUUUGAAUUCGAAGAUGCCUUCCAGGUUCCCACCAGCAGUCUUCUAUACGCCAAAGGAAUUGGGUGGCUUGGGUAUGAUCUCAGGUUCUCACAUCCUCAUUCCAACGAGCGACAAGCGGUGGUCAAAGCAAACAGAUAGUGGCGUUACCCAUUACCGGGCUGGUAUGACCCACGAUGAGGAGACUCUGAUUCCCAACAUCUUCAGAUACAUUAUCCCGUGGGAGGCUGAAUUCAUCGACUCGCAACGGGUAUGGACCGAGUAUUCUCAGAAGCGACAGGAAGCCAAUCAACAGAAUCGACGACUCACACUCGAGGACUUAGAAGACAGCUGGGACCGUGGUUUGCCCCGUAUCAACACUCUGUUCCAGAAGGACAGAAGCACUUUGAGUUUUGACAAGGGAUUCCGAGCCCGAACUGAGUUCAAGACGUAUCAACUUAUGAAGAGUAAUCCAUUUUGGUGGACUAGUCAACGUCACGAUGGAAAGCUAUGGAACUUAAAUGCUUAUCGGACAGAUGUGAUCCAAGCACUUGGUGGUGUCGAAACAAUCUUAGAGCACACUCUGUUCAAAGCCACUGCGUUCCCAUCCUGGGAAGGUUUGUUUUGGGAGAAGGCUUCAGGCUUCGAAGAGUCUAUGAAGUUUAAGAAAUUGACCAACGCCCAGAGGUCUGGUUUGAACCAGAUCCCUAACCGUCGCUUCACUCUAUGGUGGUCACCAACGAUUAACAGAGCUAACGUAUACGUUGGUUUCCAAGUGCAACUGGACCUGACGGGUAUUUUCCUCCACGGAAAGAUUCCGACCCUUAAAAUUUCUUUGAUCCAGAUCUUCAGAGCCCAUUUGUGGCAAAAGAUCCACGAGUCCGUGGUGAUGGAUUUGUGUCAAGUAUUUGACCAGGAACUUGAGCAACUUGGUAUUGAGACUGUGCAAAAGGAAACCAUCCAUCCCAGAAAGUCGUACAAGAUGAACAGUUCUUGUGCAGACAUUCUGCUAUUUGCAAGUCACAAAUGGAACGUCACCAGGCCAUCCAUCCUAUUCGACACGAAGGACGUGAUUGAGCCCACGACCACCAAUAAAUUCUGGGUUGAUGUCCAGCUCCGUUAUGGAGAUUAUGAUUCCCACGAUAUUGAACGAUACGUGCGUGCGAAGUACCUCGACUACACAACAGAUAGCAUGAGCAUUUAUCCUUCUGCUACUGGUCUCAUGAUCGGUAUCGAUCUUGCGUACAAUCUUUACUCGGCUUAUGGUCAAUACUUCCCAGGUCUGAAGACGCUCAUUCAACAGGCUAUGGCGAAGAUCAUGAAAGCAAACCCUGCCUUGUAUGUGCUCAGAGAACGUAUCAGAAAGGGUCUCCAGCUCUAUGCUUCUGAAAGCAACCAAGAGUUCUUGAAUUCUCAAAAUUACUCAGAGCUAUUCAGCAACCAGAUCCAGCUGUUCAUCGACGACACCAAUGUCUAUCGAGUCACAAUUCACAAAACUUUCGAAGGCAAUUUGACUACGAAACCCAUCAACGGCGCAAUCUUCAUUUUCAAUCCACGUACUGGUCAACUGUUCCUCAAGAUCAUUCACACGAGUGUUUGGGCUGGUCAGAAACGUCUUGGUCAAUUGGCUAAAUGGAAGACUGCCGAAGAAGUCGCUGCUCUGAUUCGAUCCCUACCUGUUGAAGAACAGCCGAAACAGUUGAUUGUCACUCGAAAGGGUCUUCUCGAUCCUCUUGAAGUGCAUCUUCUAGACUUCCCCAACAUUUCAAUUAGGGCCUCUGAGCUCCAAUUACCAUUCCAAGCUGCCAUGAAGGUCGAAAAGCUUGGUGACAUGAUUCUUCGAGCUACCGAGCCACAGAUGGUUCUAUUCAACUUGUACGAUGAAUGGUUGAAGUCCAUUUCUUCAUACACGGCGUUUUCUCGACUGGUCUUGAUCUUACGUGCUCUUCAUGUGAACCAAGACAAGACGAAAUUGCUACUGAGACCAGACAAGACCGUCAUCACCCAAGAACAUCACAUUUGGCCAAGUCUGUCAGAUGAGGAUUGGAUCAAGGUUGAGACGCAAUUACGAGAUCUCAUCCUAAAUGACUACGGCAAGAAGAACAAUGUCAACACUUCAAGCUUGACCAUGAGUGAAGUUCGAGACAUUAUUCUCGGAAUGGAAAUUAGCGCCCCGUCAAUGCAGCGUCAACAAGCAGCGGAGAUCGAGAAGCAACAACAAGAACAGCAACAGCUCACGGCUGUGACCACCAAGACACAAAACGUGCACGGAGAAGACAUCAUUGUGACUACUACUUCCCAAUUCGAGCAGCAGACCUUUGCAUCCAAGACUGAGUGGAGAACCCGGGCCAUUGCAACCUCCAAUCUUCGGACCAGAGCCAACAACAUCUACAUCUCAUCUGACGAUAUCAAGGAAGAUGAUCACUUCACUUACAUCAUGCCAAAGAACAUUCUGAAACGCUUCAUCACGAUCGCCGAUUUGCGUGUCCAAGUAGCUGGUUAUCUGUACGGUUCCUCUCCGCCGGACAACGAUCAAGUGAAGGAGAUCCAGUGCAUAGUGAUGGUCCCACAGAUUGGUAGCACACGCGACGUCCAGCUUCCCCAGCAGCUACCACAGCAUGAGUACCUGGAGCAUAUGGAACCCCUGGGGAUCAUUCACACCGUCUCCGGUAACGAGCCGCCGUACAUGACCGCCAUGGACGUCACCCAGCAUGCUCGUCUGAUGAAUGUACAUAAGGAAUGGGAUCGGAAGACGAUCAGCAUGACCGUGUCCUUCACGCCCGGUUCGGUGUCAUUGGCUUCUUGGGCGCUGACCCCGCAAGGUUAUACCUGGGGUUGUGAGAAUAAGGACAUGGGUUCCGAUCAACCGCAAGGAUUCAGCACGUCCAUGGGCGAGAAGUGUCAAUUACUUUUGAGCGACAAGAUCCGAGGUUAUUUCCUGGUUCCAGAGAACAACUCGUGGAACUACUCAUUCAUGGGAUCAAGCUUCGCAGGAUUGGAGAAGAAGAAUGUGCAUGUCAAGGUCGAUACGCCCCUUCCGUUCUAUUCAGACCAGCAUCGACCCCUCCACUUUCAGAGCUUCAUGGAAUUGGAGGAUAUCUUUGUUGAUCAUGAGGAUCCGUAUGCCUAGUCGAUCAUAUGGACUUUGAUGAUACUGCGAAGGACUUAAUGGACAGCGCAGAGCCGAUCGCACUGCUGACGGGCAAGGGAAUCUGGAUGGAAGGGUGGUGCGUUGGCGGUGGAUCUUUGCAUAUGCCGGAUGUCGAAUCUUGGUAGCAGGCGUUUGAUGGGCUGGGAAUGUAGUCAUAGUGUACUUUAUAUUACUUUUAAGCAUAAAAUUCAAGCGUUACCAGCG